UCCGUGUCACAAAACAAUAUAUUUUGGUAUGAGGAAAAAAUUGGUGCUCGAAGAGAGAGCAAUAUGCAACGUUGUGGCAGUGUACCGUGAAAGAGGGAAUUACUUGCAGCGUUUGGAGCAAUUUGAGAAAGCAAUCCUAGCUUACAACGAGGCUUUACGGUGGAAUAAUGGCGACGUACGAUCUCUGCUCGGAAGGAGUUUGGCCCGAGCCAAGGCGACGCAUUAUGCCGAUGCAUUAGCUGAUGCGGCCCGUGCAGCUGAACUUGAACCAGAUAACCCGACGGCACUCCAGAUACGGGCGCAAACGAAUUAUGAGAAGUGUGCAUUUGAGAGGGCGUUCCUCCUCGCGUGUAGGGGACAAAUGCUUCGGAAGUAUCCCCCGAACUUCGCGGAAUGUACCCAGUGUGCUGAAGAAACGGUCCGAGAAUGCACAGGCAAAAGUGCGACCAAAGUUUUGUCUUGCGUACGAAAGUAUUCAAAUCAAAUCGAAUUAAAGAAGGAUUCAGCAGAUGGCAUUGUGCGGAAUGUACCAACUCGUAGACUUAGAUUGCAGCCACAGCAAACACAACGUGUUGAAGAAAUGUCUCGUGUAGAAAAGCAAAAAGCCGAACGAAUAUCUCGCUUAAUGGCGUCUAAAUACUUGGAACAAAUGGCCCAUGACAAAUACUUUCUCACUCAACUAUGUAAGGAUGAGCGUCUGCAUUCAGCUAAUAGACAAGGCUCACAGAAAUUACAAGAAUUAGCGAAUAAAGCUUUGGCUGAUGUGGAAAAGCGACAGGAAGUUCUUCGAGAGCGUAGGCCACUUUACGCCGCGCGGGCAGCCGAAGCCGAAGCCCGAGAAAGAUUAUCGAGAGCUCGAAAAGAAAGACUUGGUAAUGCUCAAAAACAGCACAUUACUGAUGCUGAACGACUAGUCAGAGCAACUCAAGCAGUGUAUGAAGAACGCAAUACGGCAAAAUGUCUGGAAACAGCUGAAUUUGCAUUGGAACAAAUUUUAAGAAAACCAGCGAAUUUAUUGCCCGGAAAAGAUAAAUUUAUCCAAAAAUUGCAAGAAAUCGUCGCAAAUGCAUUUCUGGAUCAGAAACGUGUCAGGGAAGAAAUGAGUGAGGCAGAUCGCGAAAAAAGAGCCUUUAUACUGCUGGGGAUUGCGAUAUCUCGUGAACCGAGUCACGAUUCGAUCUUGCGAGUCCGCCCCCCCGCGCCGCCACGCGAUGCAAAACGUCGCUUACGUACAUUGGAACGUGCAUUAUCACAGAGCACGCGGGCAUGGGAGCGGUGUUAUAUCUUGCAUGAACUGUCCCGCCUGCAUGCUGAUACCAAACAGGCUCAUAGGGCCAAAUUCUUCGCACUUAAAUGCCAAACAGAAGCAAGGUCUUCCAAUCAACGAAUUUGGUUGCUCAACACAACGUUUCUCCUGGCACGCUGCCACUUGCUACAAAAUAAUCGACCAGAGACAAGGGCCACUCUCAUCGAGGGGGCAGGAUUAGCCCGAGCCUAUGGGUAUCAUGAUGUCGCCGCGUUUUUCGAUACGUGCGUUAAUAUUUCGUUGGAAGGUGAAAUUGCUUCAAGUGACGCAAUUUUGGAGAAGCGGGAGAAGGCGAUGGUCAGUUUGAUGCAGGACGAUGACCUGAGGCUCGCAGCCGAACACCUCUUUAGAAAAAUGUCUGUCAUACCCGCUUCAAGACGAUUCUCGAUAAUGCCGGGCACUCGCGCGGAGGACAGCGCGCCAGCUGUCGGCCGCCGCAUAUCGAUUGCGCCGCGCAUUCAACCGGCGAGGAUCGCUCAUAAAACUCAACAUCCACUCGGCUUUCAAGACUUUGAUAUUUGAUCUUUAUGUGCAUUUUUGAUAAAUAUAUUCGGAUUUUUGGUUUGUGAUU